UUGAUAAACAAGAUGGCGUCCAGUCAAGUCACCAAGACUGUUGGUCGAGCUGUUGUAAAACCACUUCUUUCUACAACCCCUGGUGAAGCUAGGAAAAGAGUUUUUAAUCUUUACAGAGCAUGGUGGAGAGAGAUUCCUCAUGCCGUGCAAGCAUUUGCAUUGGAUAUCACAGUCAAAUCAGGCCGUAAAAAGGUCCGAGAGGAAUUCAUGAAAAACGCUCAUGUGAGGGAUCUACGAGUGAUAGAUAUGUUGAUUAUAAAGGGCAAGAUGGAACUGGAGGAAACACACAAUAUCUGGAAGCAGAGAACACAUGUCAUGCGCUAUUUCAAGGAGUCAGAAACUCCCAAGAAAACAGCAUUCUUGGAUCGAUUUUAUGAUGGCUAUGAUUAACCAUCAUCAUGACAUGACAUAUAGUGAUUAAUUGUUAUGGAAGGUUCAUUAUCGUCAUCAUCACUUAACUGGACAUGUACAGGCAGUGUUACAUUAUUUACUAGUAAUUCUUAAAUAAAACAACUUUAUUAGUUACA